GAGGUCGAAGCUGACAAGACAGACGAUGAAGACGUUGAACCUGAGGCGGUACAGAAAUACCAGGAGCUUACUGACAUGAUGAUGAGCUGGGAUACGGAGAAUGCAUUACUUUCAAGUGCAUUCAACAGUUCAAUAGAACGUUCUGCUAUUACCGUCUCCGAGUUACCUCGAGACGAACCGGAACGUUCACGUACUUCAACCAAUACAUCCGCUGCACAAUCUCGACGGGCCAAGAAUGCUGCACAUCGUGCCGAUGACGUCGGUGUGUAUGGAAUACUUUCCUUUUCUUUUGCUUACAAUUCCACCAGAGUUUGCCUUUGAAAUUGGCAGUGGCCUUCUCAAUGAAGUACGACGACUUCAAAGUCUUCUCGGUGACCGAGAGAAGGCCAUUCAGGACAUGACAGAGAAGAAGGACGAUCUUGAUGGUACAUUGGAGUCACUUCGAACCGCUCUCAAGCAGCAAGAAGCAAGUGCCGACAAGUACAAAGAAGAGAACUGGAAUCUCGAAGUUAGCCUCCAGGACCUCCACACCCAACAUGCCGAUACCCAAUCCACCGUUCAGCGCCUUGAUUCAGAACAAAAGCGGCUCACGAAGCUUCUCGCUGCCUCCCAUGACGCUUCCGAGCAGUACAAAAAUGAAAAUGCCCAGCUUCAAAGUACCAUCAAAGACCUCAUAGCAAAGCACGAAACUGACGUGGCUUUGGCACGCAAGCAUUUCGCGGCUUUGGCGCACGAUAAGAGCGAUUUGCAACAGGCCAUAGAUAGGCUCGAAACAGAGAAGGAAAGGGCUGGCAGAAAGUUUGGUGGGUUCGGAAGCCCGGCGACACCUAACACCACCGAGGGACGUCCAGAUGAGAACUAUGGGUACGGACUUUGGACUGAAUUAGUUGCUGUGGCUAUAGUGUUAUUACUUGUUAUAUUUGCAGGGUACUGUCCCCGAUUCUUUCCGAAUGUAAUGAGGAGAAGAGAGGGCUUUGUCAAAUUGAAAACGACGUUUUGCUCACUGUAGGGUGUGGGCAGGGGCUAUUUGGUCGAAGUUUGCUGAUGCGUGCAACAUCUUGUCAAAUAAACAGGCUUUCCGGGAGCUCUGGCCAAU